UGAUUAGGUUUCAAAGAGGGGAAUGACGUACAGUCAGAGGGAAAAGCAGAUAGCUGAAGCUCGACGUCAUGAAUUUAUUCGGGAAGACCAGAUAAAAAGACUGAGCCAAGAGCAGCAGCUGGAAGCAUGUCUAAAAAGUGAGGAGCGUGUGGAGAAGAAACGCUAUCUUAGAAGACUGCAAGAUGAAGAACAGGAGAGACAAAUGGAGGAUGCCAUUCAGCAAACAGAGGAAACCAAAAGACUUAAGGAAUUACAGUUGGAACAAGAAGAAAGAAUGGCUAAGGAACUGGCUAGGAUCAACCAAGAAAAGCUGAAAGAUGAAAAACUAAGGCAACAGAUACGUGAGAACAGCCUGGAGCUCCGAGAAUUAGAGCAAAAGCUGAAGUCUGCCUAUUUAACUAGGGAGCGGGCUGCACAAAUAGCAGAAAAAGAGGUCUUCAGAUAUGAGAAAAUGAAACGUGAAGCUGAAAUAGCUCGCAAAAUGAAGGAGGAACAUGAAAGGGCUUCAGAGGAGGAACUGGCCACUGAGACCAGGCGCUAUCAUGAGAAGCUCCAUUACCAGAAGGAGCUGGAAACACAGCUGGAAGAAAAGGAGAUGAAGAGGCAGGAAGCUUAUCAGGAAUUCCUGAGGGAGAAAAUCCUGGUAGAUGCAAUUGUCAGGAAGAUUUAUGAAGAAGAUCAAACGGAAAGACAGUUAAAGCUGGAAAAAAUGAAUGCUACUAAAAGAUACAUUGACGAAUUCAAGGAUCAGCAGAAGACUUGGAGAAAAUUGGAAAAAGAGAAAAUGGAGGCAGAAAAUCGGAGAAUUCUGGCCUUUGCAAACAUGCAGCAGAGAAGAGAAGAAGAUCGCGUGGCCGAGAUCAGAGAGCGGGAGGAGAAGAAGAAAGCUAUCCAGGACAUGCUUGCAGAGCACAUUCAUAAAGAACAGCAGCAGAGAGAAGAACUGGAUCAAAUGCGAGAAGAGUUGUACCUGGAAGAACAAGCUGAGCAGGCCAGACAGCGGGAAAUCGAAGAGUUGGAAAAGAAAAUUCGCCAGCGUCUUGAGUUGCAGAGAACCUUUGAAGAACAAAUGGCUUUUAAGCAAAUUGUUCAACAAGCAGCAAAAGAGGAAGAGGAGGUUUUCAGACAAGCUAUGCUUGCAAAGUUUGCUGAAGAUGACAGGAUUGAGCAGAUGAAUGCUCAGAAGAGGAGGAUGAAACAGCUGGAGCACAAAAGAGCAGUGGAGAAACUGCUUGAGGAUCGCCGCCAACAGUUCAUUGCUGAUAAGGAACGUGAGCUCCUGGAAAAACAGGAGGAAGAGAAAAGGGAAGCAUUUCGCCGGGCCAUCAUUGAGGAGGAGAGACAGAAACUUCUCAGGCAACAUGCUACCCAGUUACUGGGCUACCUUCCAAAAGGAAUAUUUAAAGGUGAAGAAGAUCUCAAUAUGUUUGAUGAAGAGUUUCGCAAGACUUUUCAGAAGAGGAGUGUAGACAUGUUUGCAGAUGAUGGCUGGGAUCCAUAA